ACGAAUUUUGGCAUUUUAAUCCACAGUAAUAGAAAAUAAAACAAAAAUAAUAGAGCAUUCCACAUGACAUCGAGUCGGUUAAGCCGUGAGCGUGACAGCAAGAAAGUCAAAUAAAUUAUAUCAGCACUCACCAAAAACUGUCGUCUCCCACUUUUCUCAUCUCAUUCUCAAUCUGGAUGCACACUAGCUUUGCAUACUUACACAUAAAUCGAUUCAUCUCGAGAGCUUAUUGAGUGUCCUUAGUUUCUCAAUCAGGCCAACAUGAAAUCGGCAGUGUGUGACAUGGUUCACAAGAUAUCGGACAAAUGGUGCUUAGAGAAACGAGCCCCUGUGGUUAAAGGGAGUGAAGCAGAAGCAGAGCCUGUUGUGAAUGACCCAGUUGUGAAAGAAAGUGACCCAGUUGUGUCGGAAGCUGGGUGCUUAUCGAUUGUGGUGCUGGGAGCUUCUGGUGAUCUCGCCAAGAAGAAGACGUUCCCUGCUCUCUUCAAUCUCUAUCGCCAGGGGUUCUUGCAGUCUCAUGAAGUUUACAUCUUUGGGUAUGCCAGGACCAAGAUUUCAGAUGAUGAUCUCAGAGACCGUAUUCGUGGGUAUCUUACUCCGAGCAAGAACGCUGCAGAGGGGCACGCAGAAGAUGUAUCGAAGUUUCUGCAACUGAUCAAAUACGUCUGUGGUGCUUAUGAUGCGGCAGAGGGUUUUCAGAGUUUGGAUAAGGAGAUAUCUGAGCAUGAAAUAUCCAGAAAGAGUAUUGAAGGAUCGUCCCGGAGACUGUUCUACCUCGCCCUUCCUCCUUCAGUGUAUCCUCCUGUCUGCAAGAUGAUUAGGACUUACUGCAUGAAUAAAUCUGAUCUCGGUGGAUGGACUCGUAUCGUUGUUGAGAAGCCCUUUGGUAGGGACUUGGAGUCAGCCGAGCAUCUCAGUAACCAGAUAGGAGAAUUGUUUGAGGAGCCACAGAUAUAUCGUAUUGAUCAUUAUUUGGGGAAAGAGUUGGUGCAGAACUUGUUGGUACUUCGUUUUGCUAAUCGUUUUUUCCUGCCUUCAUGGAAUCGCGACAACAUCAGUAGCGUACAGAUUGUGUUUCGAGAGGAUUUCGGAACUGAAGGGCGUGGCGGAUAUUUUGAUCAGUAUGGAAUCAUCCGGGAUAUUAUCCAAAAUCAUCUCUUGCAGGUUUUUUGCCUCGUUGCUAUGGAGAAACCUAUUUCUCUUAAACCUGAGCACAUUCGAGAUGAGAAAGUGAAGGUUCUUCAAUCUGUAGCUCAACCUAAAGAUGAAGAGGUUGUGCUCGGACAAUAUGAAGGUUACUUGGAUGAUCCCACAGUGCCUGAUGGCUCUAACACUCCCACUUUUGCAACCAUGGUACUGCGUAUACACAACGAAAGAUGGGAAGGUGUUCCUUUCGUACUCAAGGCUGGAAAAGCGUUGGAGUCUAGAAAGGCAGAAAUUCGUAUCCAAUUUAAGGAAGUUCCCGGUGAUAUAUUUAAAUGUCAAAAGCAAGGGAGGAAUGAAUUUGUGAUACGUUUACAACCUUCAGAGGCCAUGUAUAUGAAGCUUACAGUCAAGCAGCCUGGACUUGAGAUGUCGACUGCUCAGAGUGAGUUAGACUUGUCAUAUGGGCAGCGUUAUCAGGAUGUAACCAUACCGGAGGCUUAUGAACGGCUUAUUCUUGACACCAUAAGGGGUGAUCAACAGCAUUUUGUUCGCAGAGAUGAGUUGAAGGCAGCCUGGGAGAUCUUCACCCCUCUUCUUCACAGAAUAGAUAAAGGUGAACUUAAAUCAGUUCCAUAUAAACCUGGCAGCCGAGGUCCAGAGGAAGCCGACGAGUUGCUGAAAAAGGUUGGUUAUGUUCAAACACAUGGCUAUGUAUGGAUCCCUCCAACCCUAUGAUCUGAACACAAGUCUGCGUGGAUGCUUUGUUAUUGCUAACUGCAUGAGGGGCAUGGAGUGUUCCUAAGGUCCCUUGUGUAAUAAAAACAUCAGUUCAAAUAUACUUCUGUGAUGCAUGCUUCAUCUAUUCACUUGACCUUGUUCACCGAAGUUUGUAUCUGUAAUGUGUGUAUCCCUUGUAAACGUGUAAUGUUCAAAUUGUGAUGCUUGUACAUGUAAUUUUGUUAAGCAAUACUUGUUUUGAUAUUCUGGUUUAAUAAUGUUCAAUAUAGGUUCUGUUUGGUAA